AUGACGAGCUUGCUUGUCUCAGAGAGAAACCCAAAUCCCCUCCUCGCGCUUACCACACCAUCGGAUUCCCCACUCCACGAGCUUCCCGUCGACCCCAGUCUCGCCCACACGGCCACACGCAUUGAUCUGCUCUGCUCUCGCUCCAGGGUCACUGCCACCACACGAAAGCGAGGGGGAAAAAGACCAUCCGUCGUCUCCAUGAGCGGCGGCGGUCCGGGGGCGGCGCCGCUUGAGUUCCCCUCCGCGGAGUGGCGCCGCGUCUACGACCGGCUCAUGGGGUUGCUGCCGCAGGUCGAGGAGCUGGCCGCCGACCGCGCGCGCCUGGAGGAAAUCAACAGGCUGUCGGAAGCCCGCGAGAAGAGCCUCCGUGCCCGCCUCCUCCAGGCGGAGGCCAGCAGGGAGAGGUGGAAGGCGGCCUACGCGGAGCUGCCUCCAGGUGCUAAUCCCAAGCUUGCCGAACUUCAAAAGAGGGACUUGGUGGAUUCCGAAGCCUGUGAAGCUCUCUCUGACCCCGAUAACUCUCAACUCAAGCAGGUGACUAGUGAGGAUACUAAUGAGAUGGAUCUUGAACAGUGCACGAUGCAGAUCUUUGUCAAAAUAAACUGUUCAAAUUUUCGCAAAAAAAGAAAGAUCCACUGUUUAAAGACUAUCACUCUUGAUGUCAUGGGAUCAGAUACGAUCUAUGAUGUCAAGGAUAAGAUUCGAGACAAGGAGGGCAUCCCUGAAGGCCAGCAGAGACUCAUGUUUGGCAGUGAGCUGCUGAUGGACAGCGGCACCCUGGAGUACUACAACAUCGAGGAAGAGUCCACGCUCACCCUUGACCUUGUCCCCCGAGGGAUGCAUAUCUUUGUCAAGACACUGGCUAACAAGAUCAUGACUAUUGAGGUUGGGGGAGAAGAUAGCAUAUAUAUUGUGAAGGCAAAGGUUUACGAUGAAACCGGCAUUUGCCCAGGCAGACAGCGUCUCAUCUUUGCUGGGAACGAGCUGGAGGAUGGCUGCACCUUGGCUGACUACAACGUGCAAAAUGAAUCUACACUUCAUAUUGUGUUCCGCUUGGCGUGUCAGAGAGAUGGGAUGCACAUUUUUGUCAAGACACUGACUGGCAAGAUCAUGGCUAUUGAUGUUGAGGGAGAAGAUAGUCUAUACAGUGUGAAGGCAAAGAUUUUUGAUGAAACCGGCAUCCCCCCAGGCAGACAGCGUCUCAUCUUUGCUGGGAAGCAGCUGGAGGAUGGCCGCACCUUGGCUGACUACAAUGUGCACAACGAAUGUACCAUUCAUCUUGUGGUGUUCCACGGCCUCACGUGUCAAAGAAGUGGGAUGCACAUGCACAUCAUUAUCAGGGGACUGACUGACAAGAUCAUGACUGCUGUGGCUGAGGGAGAAGAUACCAUAUACAGUGUGAAGGUAAAGGUUUCCGCUGAAACCGGCGUUCCCCCAGACAGACAGACUCUCAUCUUUGCUGGGAAUGUGCUGGAGGAUGGCCGCACCUUGGCUGACUACGACGUGCAACAUGCAUCUACCCUUCAUGUUGUGUUGCGCGGCGUCACGAGGCAGAGAGGUGGGAUGCGCAUAUUUGUCAGGACGGUGAACGGGAAGGAGGUCAUUGAUCGCGCGUUUAAGCCCGGACAGACCAUUGACGAUAUCAAAGCGUGGAUCUACUCUGAGUUGUGCAUUCUCCCGGACCAUCAGCAGCUCUCUGACCAGGGCGGCGCCCCCCUGGCUGAAGAGAUCUCUUGUUCGUGCACCCUUGUUCUGCAGAUCCGUCCUCCUGGUGGUCAAUGA